AUGGAAGCCCUACAGAAUCAGAAGUUCGACUUCUUAUCCAGCAACAAUAGCCAACUCAUCCAGCCCAUCAUGCAAGGCUUCACUUCACUGCUUCUGUUGGGCAGCUACGCCUUCCAGACAAUCCUGGGCCGUCCGGAGGCGUCUCGGCUGCAGAGCAAGGGCGCCCUCUUCAAAAGGGAUGUCGACAGCUUCAUUGCCACUGAGGAACCCAUUGCCUUGGCCCAGCUCCUGUGCAACAUUGGGGCUGAUGGUUGCCAUGCAGCUGGAGCCGCCUCAGGGGCGGUGAUUGCGUCUCCGUCCACAGCAGACCCGGACUACUUCUAUAUCUGGACCAGAGAUUCUGCUCUCGUCUUCAAGGCGAUUGUGGACAGGUUCGCCAACAGUUACGAUGCCACCCUACAGACUGAGAUUACGAACUAUAUCACCGCGCAGGCCAAGCUCCAGACCGUGUCCAACCCUUCAGGUUCACUGUCAGAUGGCACCGGUCUGGGCGAGCCCAAGUUCAAUGUCGACCUGAGUGCUUUCACAGGCAGUUGGGGCCGUCCGCAGCGAGAUGGACCAGCCCUUCGAGCGAUCGCCAUGAUCGCCUACUCGAAAUGGUUGAUUGCGAAUGGUUAUACAUCAACAGCCAGCGGCGUCGUCUGGCCCAUCAUCCGGAAUGAUCUCGCAUAUGUUUCGCAGUACUGGAACCAAACCGGUUUCGACCUGUGGGAGGAAGUCCAAGGCAGUUCUUUCUUCACCGUUGCCGCUCAACAUCGCGCCUUGGUCGAGGGCAGCUCUCUGGCUGAGUCUCUGGGCACGACUUGUACUGCCUGUGAUGCUAUUGCGCCUCAAGUCCUGUGUUUCCUGCAGACCUUUUGGUCGGCGUCAAGCGGGUAUACGUUGGCAAACAUCAACGUGAACAAUGGCCGGACUGCCAAAGAUGCGAACGUUAUCCUAGGUUCGAUACACACCUUUGAUCCCGCACUCGGAUGCGACGCCGCCACCUUCCAGCCUUGCAGUGAUCGGUCGCUGGCUAGCCACAAGGUAGUUGUCGACUCAUUCCGCUCGAUCUAUACCAUCAACUCUGGACUCAGCACCGCGACUGCGGUGGCGGUAGGCAGGUAUCCAGAAGACACAUAUUACAAUGGAAACCCGUGGUAUCUCAAUACACUCGCAGCAGCCGAGCAGCUUUACGAUGCCCUCUACGUGUGGCAGGAACAGGGUUUCAUCACCGUCACCUCCACAUCCCUACCAUUCUUCCAGGCCCUAUCAUCAUCAGUCACAGCUGGAACAUACACAUCUAGCUCGGCUACCUACACAAUGAUCUACAACGCCGUGUUCAGCUACGCUGAUGGCUUCGUAAAUGUGGUCUCGACUUACGCUGCGUCCAAUGGCUCACUGUCCGAGCAAUUCUCCCGCGAUACUGGGGUCCCUCUGUCAGCCCGCGACCUCACUUGGUCCUACGCAUCCUUCCUCACCGCCGCUGCACGACGAGCCGGUGUCGUACCGGCUGGUUGGGCAGGGGAUGCCUCCACGGCCACUUCGGUCCCGGGCUCCUGCGCAGCUACGUCUCAGGUCGGGAGCUACUCCACGGCUACAGUCUCUUCCUUCCCGUCUGGCCAGACACCAACGACUGGCACUGGUACUACCACGGGUACGACCACCACCACGCGCUCGACAACAACGACAACAAAAACCAGCUCCACGACCACCGGCUGCACCCAGGCGACAGCCGUCGCGGUGACGUUCAAAGCGUCCAAGACCACGACCUACGGGCAGACGGUCAAGAUUGUUGGGAACGUCGCCGCCCUUGGCAGCUGGAACACAGGCAGUGCGAUCGCCCUCAGCGCAUCUCAGUACACAGCAAGCAGCCCAGUCUGGACCGGGACGAUCACGCUGCGGGCGGGCCAGGCCGUCGAGUACAAGUACUUCGUGCUCAACACUGACGGCUCCGUCGCGUGGGAGGCGGACCCGAACCGUUCGUACACGGUACCGACGGGUUGCUCGACCACCGCCACGGAGUCGGACACCUGGCAGAGUUAG